AUGAAUAGAAGAAAAGAGAAAGCUAAAAUACCUUUCGACUUGAAGAUGGCGAGAAGCUGUGUUUGUCCCAUAAGGAUAAGGACUUUGAGUUUGAAUAUGAAAAGGAUUGAGAAUCCUUGUCAAACUAUCUUUCAGAAACAAAAGAACUCUGUUAUUGUAUCGUGCCUACGUUUUAUUCAUGGAGCUCUUAAAUACACUUAUCCAAUUGAUUCAAGUGUUCUUGAAGAUCCAAAGGCGUUCUUGAAGAUUCGAAGGAAGAUUCAAGCGCCUGCCAAGCCUCCGAAUUGCAUUAUUAAAGUCAAGACCGGCGUAGAGAAGAUCAAAAUCAACUUUGCGGCGAAGACCAAGGACUCGUGUUCUUCACAUUCUUGGAAAAUCACAACGUUCGAUUCGAGAUCAAGCUGUCAAGCCCUCGAAGAAACGUUAUUUGAACUCAUAUUCAAGACCGGCGGAGAUCAAACUGAAGAUUUGUCUCCAAAAAUAGCUUUGGGAUAUUACGAGCUCGUUUUUGACGCGGUUUACACCCCUAAAAUCACAAGGCUCCUUCGGGAAGCUGGCGAAAUGGGAGCCAAAAUUGUGACAGGAGUCGAAAUGUUCAUCAGCCAGGCUUAUGAACAAUAUGAGAGGUUCACUGGCUUGCCAGCUCCGAAGCAACUGUUCAAGGAAAUCAUGAAAGAUUACUGA